AUGAUAGCGCGCAUAUCGAGCCUCACAUCUUAUUACAGAAGAUUUAUUCAGGACUUCUUUACAUCUGCUGCACUUCUACAUUUAUUAUUGCGAAAAGAUGUAUCUUAUAUCUGGACUAAACCACAACAAAAAGCAUUUGAACAUUUGAAAGUUUCAAUACUAGCACAAUUAGAUGAUGAUAAUAAGAAACAUAUUAUUACUUAUGCUAGCCAAAGUAUAAGUGGUGUUGAACGAAACUAUGCUCCAACUGAAUUAGAAUAUCUUGCUGCUGCACAACAUUAUUUUAUACAAAAUCAACAACUUUAUAGACGUAAUCAUAAACAAUCAGCUUUAUCAUUACUUGUAGUAAAAUCAAAUGAAGUUGAACGAAUCUUACAUAAUAUUCAUAAUGAACCUUUAGGAAGGCCAAAACCUAAGGAACCUCUGCAUCCUAUACUUGUUAGACAACCAUUCGAUUGUGUAGGAACUGAUUAUGUAAGACCACUUUCACGUACUACUAAAGGGAAUCAGUAUAUUAUUGCAGCAACUGAAUAUUUGACUAAAAAGGUUAAAGCGAGCGCUACACCAAAUUGUACUACCCAAAUAACUGCGCAAUUUAUGUAUAAUGAAAUCAUCUGUCGACAUGAAAUGCCAAAAGUGAUAUUAACUGAUAGAGCAACAUCGUUCCAAAAUGAAUUAAUUACUGCACUAUUACACAUAGUUGGAACUAAACAUAGAUUAUCUUCACUGUAUCACCGCCAGACUAAUGGCUUGACAGAACAUUUUAAUAGGACAUUAUGUACAAUUUUAGCAAAGUAUGCUGAACAACACCAUGGAGAAUAG